AUGGCCUUCUCCAAAAGCGAGUCCGACGUCAUUCUCAACCGCGCCAACGUCGCCCUCUCGCGCAGCCAACGCCUCGUCGCAUCAUGGCUUCCAGAACAGAACGCAGACGAACUCGCCAACACCAAGUCCGAGGAGGAACUACAGCGCGAGGAAGAUGAGAUAUUCACAGCGGUACCAGAAACACUGGGAGUCGGUGCACCCCUCCCCGAAAAAGCCGCCGACGGAAGCUGGAAUCGCACCGAGCUGGGCUCAAACGACCAACUGCGCAAACAAUUGCUCGGCAAGAAUUACCAAAAGGUAAUGAAGGCAAACGCUGCGGCCAAUUCGAGACCUGGUGGUGCCGCGUCCGCCACGGGCUCUUCGCCAUCAAACCCCCAUACGUCGCAGACCCACGGUGACAAGAAUACGGCGGAUGACGACGAUGAGGAGGAGGAGGAAGGGCGCGCCGCGCUGGUAGGGAAGAAGCAGCAGAGGAGAAAAGUCACUCAGCAGGCUCCUUCGGCAUCUGCACCUGAUAGCGGUGCCAAUCACUCUGAGCACGGCGAGAUGGCUUCUGUUAAACCAAUGCCUGCGCGGUCGAAAGGGAAAAAGAAGGCGACGAGCUAUUUGGAUGAGAUUCUGGCUGAGAGGGCCAAGAAGAGAAAGAAGAGGUGA